CCGCCCUCUUCCCCGGCCGCCCCUCGCUCCGACCCGGCCCCGAGUUUGGCCUCGGAGUCCCCCCAUUCAAUCCCCUCCCCGCUGUCAAGCGACCUCCCCUGACCCAGGUUGCGCCCGCGAGCCUCUCAUGCCCUGACUUCUCCAUGUCACCCCCGGCCCCGUUUCUCUCAGCCCAGCCACAAACUUUAAUGCAAAGGAAAAGCCUGGACUGGUUUCACAGGCCUUUUAAAAAGCGGACUUAA